AUGAUAAUCGGAAGAUUCACCCUGGGAAAAUUGGAUGCCAUAGUCUCCACGGCAAGAGGUUUCAUGAAGUUUCCUACACCGCGAGGUAUUGCUACGGUGUUUCGUGACAAAGUUGGAGAAGUACUGAAUACCAAAAGAUGCCGCCAAGGGCCCACCGGAGCCACGGGCCCAGAAAGAUGGGUACUAAGCACACGCCAUCCGGACCAGAUGGUCACAAUCGGGGACACUUUGUCUCCAGAAGUUAGAAACGACCUGAAGCAACUGUUAAAAAGGAAUGUGGACAUCUUCGCUUUUGAGCAUUCUGACAUGACAGGAGUCCCUCGUAAUAAAGCAGAACACAAACUUGCAAUGCUCCCAGGCGUUAAGCCGGUCGCUCAGGGUAAACGUAGCAUGGCCCCAGACCGACGGGCAGCAGUUGUCAAAGAAGUACGAAAAUUAGUGGAAGCUGGAAUCCUCAGGGAAACACAGUACCAUACAUGGAUAUCCAACCCGGUUAUGGUAAAAAAGCCAGAUGGCACAUGGCGAAUGUGUAUUGAUUUCAAAGAUCUAAAUAAGGCGUGCCCUAAAGACGCAUACCCGCUGCCCGAGAUUGAUUUAAAGGUCGAUUCCUUAGUACCCUACCGGUUCAAAUGUUUCCUGGACGCUUACAAAGGGUACCACCAGAUCAAGAUGUCCAAAGAAGACGAAGAAAAAACAGCGUUUCAUACCGAUGUGGGCAUUUUUUGUUAUACAAAAAUGCCUUUUGGUCUACGGAACGCCGGAGCUACCUAUCAGAGACUCAUGGACAAGGUGUUCGAGACACAAAGCGGACGAAAUUUGGAGGUCUAUGUCGAUGACCUUGUAAUCAAAAGCAGGGAAGAAAAGCAAAUGUUAGCAGACAUCGAAGAAACUUUUCAGCGGCUUAGAGAGUAUAACAUUAAAUUAAACCCAAAGAAAUGCUCUUUCGGGGUGGAAGAAGGGAAGUUCCUAGGGGUAGUAGUCACACGAGACGGCUUCAAAGCCAACCCAGAAAAGGUGGCCGCCAUAACGCGGAUGCCUUCCCCACGAACAUUGAAGGAAGCUCAAGCCCUGAAUGGGCGGUUGGUGGCAAUCAACAGGUUCUUGGCAAGACAUGCCGAGAAAUCCCUGCCUUUCAUAAAAACGUUGAAAGAUUGCCUUAACAAGAAAAACUUCAAGUGGACCAACGAAGCGGAACAAGCUUUGCAAGACAUGAAGCGCUUCAUAGAAGGAUUACCCAUGCUCACAGCACCAAGGCCUAGCGAGGUGUUAAAGAUGUAUUUAGCGGCAGCUCAUACAGCAGUAAGCGCUGUGCUCAUGGUUGAACGGGAUGGAAGACAAACACCGAUAUAUUACAUCAGUCGGGUAUUAGCGGGACCCGAAACGCUGUAUCCCAUGUUGGAUAAGCUGGUCCUUGCAUUGGUACACGCCACACGGCGACUGAGAAGAUAUUUCCAGGCGCACCGUGUACAGGUCCUAACAAAUUAUCCACUGCAACAAGUCCUGCACAAGCCGGAGAUUUCUGGCAGACUGGCCAAGUGGACAAUUGAACUUGGCGCUUUGGACAUCGAAUAUCAGAAACGAACAGCAGUUAAGGGGCAAGUAACUGCUGACUUUUUAGCCGAAAUACCUGAAGGAGAAGCUAUUUUAGACCCAGUCGUCCAGGACAUCCCGGAGUCCAGUACCGCCCGGCAGACCUGGAAACUAUACACUGAUGGGUCAUCUAGUGGAAAGGGAUCUGGAGCCGGUUUAAUGUUGAUAAGCCCAGAUGAGAUCAGGCUGAUGUAUGCCUUACGCUUCGAUUUCGAAUGUUCUAACAAUGAAGCGGAGUAUGAGGCACUGCUAGCAGGUCUGAGAAUGGCAAAAUCUAUGGGAGCGGCAAGGGUGGACGCGUAUGUUGAUUCGCUGCUGGUCAACAAUCAAGUAAACAAAACGUACGAAGCCAAAGAUGAAUCAAUGGCAAAAUACUUGGCGAAAACAAAGGAACUCAUGGAUUCUUUUGACAACGUCACGCUCAAUCACGUACAUAGAGGCAAGAAUCAGAUAGCAAAUGCUCUCAGUAAACUCGCCACCUCAGGUAUGGAAAAGGAAGUCAAAGUUGAAACGCUGCAGACACGCUCAAUUGAACCGCGGAAUGUUUCUGCCGUUACAGCGGAAGAGACUUGCUGGUACACUCCGGUUCUACGUUUCCUUGAAACAGGGGAGCUACCUCCCGCCAAGGGCGAAGCACAGAAGAUACAAACGAAAGCAUUGCAAUAUGAUAUCAAUAAUGGAACCCUAUACAGAAAAUCUUACCUGGGCCCACUGCUGCGAUGUGUCUCUCCAACAGAGGCAAAGUAUCUCAUCAGCGAAAUCCAUGCAGGUCUAUGCGGCAUACACGCUGGACCCCGGGCGGUGGUAGCCAAAAUCCAUAGUGCGGGAUAUUAUUGGCCUGGGAUGCACGAAGACGCCGUAAUAGAACUACGGAAAUGCCGCAGCUGCCAGAAAUUCGCUCCUCAAACAAUAAGGCCCAAGAACAGCCUAGUGCCGGUGACAGCAGCAUGGCCUUUCCAGAAAUGGGUCGUGGAUAUCGUAGGACCUUUCCCGCCGGCGCCCGGAAAGUUAAAGUACCUAAUUGUGGCGGUUGAUUACUUUACCAAGUGGGUGGAAGCUAAGCCUUUAGCCAAAAUAACGGCAGAUAAUGCCAAAAAAUUUCUUUGGGAACACAUAGUAUGCCGGUUUAGAUUACCGCUGUACCUGGUAAGCGAUAACGGAACACAAUUCACAGACAGAAUUUUCCAAGAAUGGUGCACUAAUCUCCACAUCCAGCAAAUCUUCACAUCAGUAGCACACCCCCAAGGAAAUGGCCAGGUAGACCGGACAAACAGAAGUUUGCUGGAUGGCAUUAAGAAACGACUAGGCCACGAGGGAAGCUCCUGGGUGGAAGAUUUGCCAAACGUCCUCUAG